AUGUCUUCGGUACAAGUGCAAGUACUGAACCCGCCGCCCGUGAAGACGUCCAAUCCUCCGGGCCAUCACAACAAACAGAAUGCGGGCAGUUCGAAAAGAAAAAACAAGUACGACAGGAGCAGCAGGAAGCGUUCGAAAAGUUUUUCCGGUUGCGGCAUCCUGAUCAACCAGAAACCCGUACUGCCGUCGAAAUUUUUGCUCGGCGGCAACAUCAAGGAUCCCUUGAACUUGAAUAGUCUCCAAGACGAAGAGAUCAACAGGGCAAUGAACGCCUUCACCCCCAAAUCGUCGCCCGUCCCUACGCCUCCAAGGAAAAAAGGACAAUUAGAAGUGAUCAUUCCGAAAAACAUUCACGACCCGCUAAAUUUGAUAGACUGCGACGAUGACGCCGAAUAUGAACAGCAACUCUGCUCGCCGAUCAAAAAAUCGAAGAAAAAGCGUUUAAAGAAACGCCGCACCAUCUCCGCCACUAUGGACGUUUCCGACGUCACCGCUGACGUCACCGCUAGCUCGGAAGCGAAAACGCCCGAAGCGUCGACCGAUUCCGCGAAAAUUCCCGAAAUACCGGAACCGGUUGCGACGACGAGCGCUACCGCUGUUGCGGCGCCAUCUACCGUUGUUAAACCGCACCCCGAUCUGUCCAUCGACUUGUCGGGAGCGGCUAAUACGUCAACGAGCGCUCCGGCUGUCAAGAAGGAGCCGAAGAAGAGGAAGAGCGACGAGCACGGGCAUCACGUCGUGAAGAAGUUCAAGAACAAUUCGAUGGAUAAGAUCGUGAGUCCGGUGGUGCCGCAGCCGGGCGCUUGGUUGAAGAGGAGCAAUUCGGUGAACAAGUGGGCCAAGCCGAGACAAGUAAAGCCGCAGGAUAAGGACGCCACGUUGCCGGCGUUCAAAGAGAAGGAUAAGCUGUUCCAGUACGGGAAUUAUAACAGGUAUUAUGGUUACAGGAACCCUCACAACGAAACGGACCACAGGUUGCGCGUUUUCUCUCACCACUCGUACCUGUUCGAAAGCAAAGACAUCCUGGACAUCGGUUGCAACAUCGGCCACGUCACGUUGUCGGUGGCGCGAGAUUUCGGCGCCAAAUCGAUUCUCGGCAUCGAUAUCGAUCCCAAAUUGAUAUCGAUAGCGCGCAAAAACGUCAAGCACUACGUCAAGAAGGAGGAACUGUCUCCGCCGAAGGCGGCGGGCGGCGAGGAUAAGGGGCGGGCUCAGGCCCGGACUAAAAGUAGUGAGUUUUUUCCUAUAAGUAUGCCUAUAUUAUACGGGGGAAUUGCAGUUCCAGGAUUCCACGAUACGCACGCCAAGGCCAAGGGAUUCCCCAACAACGUGACUUUCAAACAAUGUAAUUACAUUCUCGAAGACGAUAAUCUCUUAGCUUUAGAACAGCCGCAGUUCGACGUCAUUCUGUGUCUGAGCAUCACGAAAUGGUUCCAUCUGAACUGGGGAGAUGCUGGAUUGAAACAGGCGUUCAGACGGAUGUAUGCACAACUCAAACCUGGCGGGAAACUUAUUUUGGAACCGCAAAAUUGGGCGAGUUACAAGAGCAAGAAAAAAUUAACGGAAACUAUAUUUAAACAUUACAAUUCCAUCGAGUUUUUCCCGGAAAAAUUCCGGGAAUACUUGUUGUCUCCGACGGUGGGUUUCGCCAAAGGCGAAAUUUUGGGAUACCCUUUCCAUCAAGUCAAAGGAUUCAGACGUCCGAUUCAAGUGUUCACCAAAAGUACGAUGUUUCCCAGCGAACGGACCGAAGCCACGCCGCACAGCAUUACGCCUAGCGUAGGGGGCGCUUCUGAUUCUUACCGAUCGAAAACGGAGAAGCACGGUUCCUGUAUAGAGCACGUGUACACCGACAUAUUCGACGGCAGGUAUUGCGGUUGCGGGGAUUAUAACACCGACGUCAACGAAAAGAUCGGCGAGGAACUGAAGAAAAGCAAGGUCGUCGUUACGGCUAUGACGCCUGCGACGAGUAGCGAACGUACCAUUACCAGCGAAGACGACUUUCCAAGGAGCAGUCCUAUUUACGUGUCCGUUGCGACGCCGAGGCCCGUGGAGCCGGAAGUCGAUAGCGAAAAAAGCCAAGGUGAAAUCAUUAAAGAUAGCGAACCGGAAGUCUCGCGAGACAACACUUAG